CUCGUGCCGGAUCGUGGUGAUCGAGUGUCGUCCGACUACGGAGCACAUGCGUUGAGACCCUCCUGGCUGUUCAUCCUUUAUAACGGGGGGCCUCUCCAUCGCCUGUCUGCGCCAGAGAUGCAACCAAAUCACUAUCCUCUCCUGGGUCACGUCCGCGAGGGCACGCCCGACUCCAGACCCGCGAUGCAGAUGACGCGAGACGCCCAUCAGCCAUCUCGAGAACCAGCCAUGCGGUCACGUAACCAGGCCACCAGAUCAGAAGACUCCUGGAUCGAGGUCUCAUCCCAGCCAUCGUCCUCAUCUCUCUCUUCGGCUGCCACCAACGACGAUAUCGUCACCACCGGUCUGCGCGUCGAGGGUCCACAGCCCAACCCGCACAACCACCGUAGUCGACGCCGGCGUCUCGAACAGCUCGCUGCCGCCACUGCGCCGCCUCUCCACUAUUCCAGAGAGCCCAGUGGUGCCAGCAGCAGCCAGGAUGAAUAUGAAGAGAGCUCGAGUGAGUCGGACCGGGUUAUGACCAGUUCCAACGAGGACAUCACCGCACAGCCUCGCGAACCGUUGUUCCUGCGAGCUGGUCCGACUGCUUCAGAUGCAGCCCCGUCCAGUGAUGAAGACGACGAUGAUGAUAAUUCCACUGCCCUGGGAAUGCGAGUCAGCUCGUCGCCGUUCGUGCCCCAGCCCAAUGCGUUCACCCACCCUCCCGUUUCCCAGACGUCUUCCAGGACCAGGCCAGCGGAUGUGCCUCUCCCCAGUCCAACCGUAAUCUCCAGCUCGAGCAGGCGCACCGCAACGAGGCACAAUUCGUACUCCAGCACGCGUACAGCACGGAGACAGCAGCAUCAGCACAGCCCUUACAACAUGAUUUCACCUUCGUACCAGGCCGACCACGACGCUGCGUUGCGUGCCAGUCUAUCCACUCUGCUGUCUUAUGCCACAGCAGCGCGGGGUCUGCCAAAGAAUGACACUCAACCGCACGAGCGUAGUCCCGCCGCAGCCCAGCCCUCUACCUUCCGUCUAGUCCCGGAGUCGGUGGCAAUGGGCGAGGAUAGCAGUGCGGAAGAACCGCGUGCUUCUGGUCCAUCUACAGAAGAUCAGACUGCUGGGCCCAGUCGUCUGGAGAAGAGCCCUGGAUCCGCUCCGGGGGGAUCAUCGAAUGCCUCUUCUUCAGCCCCGAAGCAAAAGCGGAGAACGAGCUCCAAGGAUCGUUCAUCUGCCCACGCUUCCCCAUCAAAGAAGUCUCGCCGCGCUAAUCUCACGGAUUCGGUUUCCAAUGUCAGCCCUACUCUCGUGACUUGGGUCAUCAGUGCAGGAGUCGUCGUUCUUUUCUCCGCCAUCAGUUUCUCCGCCGGUUAUGCUCUUGGCCGUGAGGUCGGCCGGACUGAGGGGUCUUGGAUGGGCGACGGCGGCGCGGGCGCCUUGUCAGGCUCUGGAGCGUCUAACUGUGGCAGAGAGGCCGUCAAAGGUGGGCUGAAGCGGCUCAGAUGGAGCGCGGCAGCAGGACCCGGUAUCAGCGCGUAGGACUUUUCUCUGUUCAAGUUGCCCGGCUAAAGGUGUUUAUGGCUCUCACAUCAACGGAUUGAUGGAAGGAGGUGACGAAUAUUACGACGACGAUGCUGACGAUUUUGGUAUGGUUGGAGAGGAGGCAAAGGAAAAAGGACCUGAAUACCCUUCACUAUGGUUCAUGAAUCUCAAUUGGCGCGCGGUUCUCUUUUUGGUUCUUUUCUUUUUCUUUUUUUAAUCCGUGAUUGCCGUUCUCUGGAGCUACUGUAAUCCUUGGGCUCCGGAGUCCUGUCUGUUUUAUAAGAGUUGUUCUCUGACUCGUGCACAACAGUCAUCGAUGACUUAAGAC